GCCAUUCGUAGCAUUGUCUGUCAUUGUCAUAGCCGGAAAUUCGUUCGCUAUCGCCACCUCUCUUCGAAGACGCGCUAAGUCGCCGGUGCCGGUUAAAUUACUUGUUACAAAUUAAAAAUAUAAAUAGUGUAAUUUAGUGCAAACAACAGUGAAAAUGGCUCCACGUACAGUUAAAGCUAAGAAAAAUGCUGAUGUUAAGGUGUCAGAAAUUGAUGCACCAAAAAAGGGACGGGGGAAAGCUAAAAUUGUAGAACCUGAUCUAGACUCAUUAGAAAUUGUAGAGGAAAAAGUUUCAGUUUCAGAAAAAAAGAACAAACAUGCUAAAAAUACUGCUAGUGAUUAUCAUGAGGAAGAAACAAGUGCUACUAACAAAGAAGACAAAGCCCCACCUGCAAAGAAAGGGAGAAAGAAGAAUGUUGAGGAACCUAAUUCAGAUUCAAACACAUUUAAUGGUGAUAGUUCUGCAGAAGAAGAUUCAGCAACGACAAUUGACACUCAGAGUGAAGAGCAAAGUGAAUCAAAUGGACAUAUUGAAGAUGUUCCAGUACCUUCUACAAAAGGUCGUAAAAAACCUUCAAAAAAAGAAUUAGGUGAAGUAAAGCCAAAAGUAAGUGCAAGAUCCAAGAAAAAUACUAAACAAGAAACUGUCGACAAUAACAAAGAGGAAAUAAUUGAAGAAAAGCCUAAAGGGAGAGGUAGAAGUCGAAAAGCACCACCAAAACCAGAGCCUGAUCAGGAAGACGAUGAUGAAGAGGAGGCAAAGAUUGAACCACCUACAAUCAAAGGUAAGAAGAAAGGUCAGCAAAAAGCAAUACAGGAAAAAUCUUCUGAUAUCAAAAAAGUUACAGAAACCAAAGAUGUAGAGAAUGAAAAUGAAGAUUCUAAUGAGGAAGAAAAAGAUGUUGAAGAAGAGAAAAUCGAGGAUCCAAAAAAGAAAGGACGUAAAAAUGUAGGAAAAAAGGGGCAAACUAAAGUGGAAUCAGAAGACAAUGAUGAAGAAAUCAAAGAAGUACCAUCUAGCAAAAAGAAGAAAGGUGCUAAAAAAGAGGAAAAAUCAAAAGGUGAUUUAAAGGAUGACUCUGAAAAGGACGAAGGUGUAACUGAAACAAAGCCAAAAAGCAAACGGGGUCAGAAGAAGGUAGUCGAGAAAUCAGUAGACACGGAAGAAGUACAAGACACCGGUGAACCGACAACUAAGCGUCGGCGAAAGGCUGAUGAUAAGGCCACUGAAGAUACUAAAAAGAAGCCAGCUAAAUCAGCAACAGAUUAUCAAUCAAUAGAUUUUUCUAAUCAUUCAAAGAACUCGCAGGGUAAAGAAUGGAAUUUUAAAAUAGCGAGUUGGAAUGUAGAUGGGAUCAGAGCAUGGAUGGGGAAGGAUGGAUUGGAGUAUUUAAAAUACGAAAAGCCUGACAUAUUGUGCUUACAAGAAGUAAAAUGUUCUCAAGAAAAACUGCCUGAGGAGAUUAAAAAUGUUCCUGGCUAUCAUGCAUACUGGUUGUGCAGUGACAAGGAUGGCUAUGCUGGUGUAGGAAUUUAUACAACCAAAUUGGCAAUUAGUGUUCAAUAUGGAUUACAAAAUGAAGAAUUAGAUAGCGACGGUCGAAUAAUAACAGCGGAAUAUGAACAGUUCUAUUUAAUAUGUACCUAUGUCCCUAAUGCUGGUCGCAAACUGGUCACUCUCUCUAAAAGAUUAAAGUGGAAUGAAGAAUUUCGGAAUCACGUAAAAUCUUUGGACAAAAAGAAACCUGUUAUUAUAUGCGGAGAUAUGAAUGUGGCUCAUAAUGAAAUAGAUUUAACGAAUCCUAAAACAAACAAAAAGAAUGCAGGUUUCACCAACGAAGAACGUUCAGGUAUGACUGAGCUGCUUGGGGAUGGCUUUGUUGAUUUAUAUCGACACUACUAUCCAGAUAAGACUGGUGCUUACACAUUUUGGAGUUACAUGUUCAACAGUAGAGCGAAAAAUGUUGGAUGGCGUUUGGACUACUUCAUUGUAUCACAGAGACUACUACCAGCACUUUGUGAUACCGUGAUAAGAGACAAGGUCUAUGGCAGUGAUCAUUGUCCAAUAUCGCUUUUCCUCCAUAUCAGUAGUGCAGAUAAGCCUAAAGAAUAGGUGCAUUAAAACUAUAGAGGAUUUUGAUGAAUAUUAAAGAAUAUUGAACAGAAAAUAAUCCAUUUUCAUAAAUCAAUAAAAUUGAACGAACAUUU